GCGGGAUAUGAAGGACUCCGGGUGAAGCCGGCCACGCCCCGCACGGAUGGAAAGGCCAUUGUGAUUGUGUGAUAGCUACAGUUAUCAUACUACUGAGUUUCCCACUGGAAUCAUGGAGGAGAAACAGCAGAUUAUAUUGGCUAAUCAAGAUGGUGGGACAGUGGCAGGAACAGCACCUACCUUCUUUGUCAUCCUAAAACAGCCAGGAAAUGGCAAAACUGACCAAGGAAUUUUGGUUACUAAUCGAGAUGCCUGUGCUUUGGCUAGUAAGGUGUCAUCACCAGGAAAAUCUAAAGGGAAGAUUUGCCUUCCAGCUGAUUGUACUGUGGGAAGAAUCACUGUCACACUCGAUAACAAUAGUAUGUGGAAUGAGUUCCAUAAUCGAAGCACAGAGAUGAUUCUGACCAAGCAGGGAAGACGCAUGUUUCCUUAUUGUCGUUAUUGGAUAACAGGUUUAGAUUCAAAUUUAAAGUAUAUUCUUGUCAUGGAUAUAUCUCCUGUGGAUAACCAUCGUUACAAGUGGAAUGGCCGUUGGUGGGAACCCAGUGGGAAGGCUGAGCCACACGUUUUGGGGAGGGUUUUUAUUCAUCCAGAAUCUCCUUCUACAGGUCAUUAUUGGAUGCAUCAACCAGUUUCUUUCUAUAAACUCAAACUCACCAACAAUACACUGGAUCAAGAAGGACAUAUUAUCUUACACUCUAUGCAUCGCUACCUGCCAAGACUUCAUUUGGUACCCGCAGAAAAGGCUACAGAAGUGAUACAAUUAAAUGGUCCUGGUGUCCACACUUUUACUUUCCCCCAGACUGAAUUCUUUGCAGUAACAGCUUAUCAGAACAUUCAGAUUACCCAAUUGAAAAUAGAUUACAAUCCAUUUGCGAAAGGCUUUCGGGAUGAUGGUCUGAAUAGUAAGCCCCAGAGAGAUGGAAAACAAAAGAACAACUCUGACCAAGAGGGGAAUAGUGUUCCCAGUUCUCCUGGUCAUCGGGUUCGUCUCGCAGAAGGUGAGGGGUCAGAGAUACAGCCAGUUGAUUUUGAUCCAUCAAUAAAGUGUGUGGAGAAGCCACCCCUUAAUAUAAAACAAGACUUUUUUGGUUUCAUGGAUACUGAUUCAGCACUUGAAGUUCCUCAAUUGAAGCAAGAGAUUUCUGAAAGCUUUGUCGGGAACAAUUUUAAAGAUGGCUCCCAUAUUGCCUCACCAUUAGACCCGAAUGGAAACUUCAAUGUUGUCAUUAAAGAGGAACCUCUAGAUGACUAUGACUAUGAAGUUGGUGGAUGCCCAGAAGGGAUCACUAUAAAACAGGAAGACACAGAUGAAGAAACAGAUGUAUACUCAAACAGUGACGAUGAUCCUAUAUUAGAGAAACAACUAAAAAGGCACAAUAAAGUUGAUAACUUAGAAACUGAUCAUCCAUCUUCUAAAUGGCUACCAAACAGCCCAUCAGGUGUUGCUAAAGCUAAAAUGUUCAAAUUAGACACUGGAAAGAUGCCUGUAGUCUAUUUGGAGCCCUGUGCUGUCACCAAAAGCACAGUGAAGAUUUCUGAACUGCCUGAUAACAUACUUUCCACAUCUCGAAAGGAUAAAUCUCCUGUGUUGGGAGAAUUAGAAUAUUUGCCUACAUAUAUUGAAAAUUCUAAUGGUACUAGUUUCUACUUAGGCAAGGAAUCAGAAAAUGGUCUUAGAAAACAUUCACUGGAUCUCAGAGUAGUACAAAAAUGUCCCUUAGUUAAAGAACCUCAAUGGAAAUGUCCUGAUAUGUUCGACAGCAUUAGCUCAGAAAGAGUACUUGACAGUUCAAAGGGUUCAACUGGGGAUUCAUUUUCAGGAAAAGAAGACCUGAGUAGAAAGCGAACAACUAUGUUUAAAAUCUCAGGAACCUCAAAGAAUGUAAAUGCCAAUCAGAAUGCCUCUUCUAAUGUCCCUGGAAAAAGAGGAAGGCCUCGAAAAUUGAAAUUCUCUAAGGCAGGACGACCACCUAAAAACACAGGAAAGACUUUAACUUCUUCCAAGAAUACCCCUAUAAUCCCUAGUGGUACCUUUCCUGAUGUGAAGCCUGAUCUUGAAGAUGUGGAUGGUGUUCUCUUUGUUUCCUUUGAGUCCAAGGAAGCUCUAGAUAUUCAUGCAGUUGAUGGGAUAACAGAAGAACCAUCUAAUCUCCAGGCAACAACCACAAAUGACCCAGGUUGCAGAGAAAGAAUUUCCCAGUUGGAAAAGGAAUUGAUAGAAGAUUUGAAGUCUUUGAGGCACAAGCAGGUGAUACAUCCAGGUCUUCAAGAAGUGGGUUUAAAGUUGAAUUCAGUGGAUCCAACAAUGAGCAUUGAUCUUAAAUACUUGGGAGUACAGCUACCUUUGGCUCCAGCUACUAGCUUUCCUUUUUGGAACCUUGUGGGAACCAACCCUGCUUCUCCUGAUGCUGGAUUUCCCUUUGUUUCUAGGACUGGGAAGACCAAUGACUUCACCAAGAUCAAAGGAUGGAGGGGGAAAUUUCAUAGUGCGUCUUCAUCUAGGAAUGAAGGUGGAAAUUCAGAAGGUUCACUGAAAAACCGUUCUGCUUUCUGUAGUGAUAAGCUAGAUGAAUACUUGGAAAAUGAAGGCAAGCUUAUGGAAACAAGCAUGGGUUUCUCUUCCAAUGCUCCCACAUCUCCUGUGGUAUACCAGCUUCCCACCAAGAGUACCAGCUAUGUACGAACACUUGAUAGUGUACUGAAGAAGCAAUCUACCAUUUCCCCUUCUACCUCUUAUUCUUUGAAGCCUCAUUCUGUACCCACUGCCUCUCGAAAGGCAAAGUCUCAAAAUAAACAGGCAACACUCAGUGGCCGAACUAAAUCAUCUUAUAAAUCCAUUUUACCAUAUCCUGUUUCACCAAAGCAGAAGCACACCCCUGUGAUUCUAGGAGAUAAGAAUACCAAGAAUACUUCGAACAUCAUCGCAGAUAAUCAGGUGAAUAACUUUGCUGUACCAACUUUAGAUGAAAAUAUAUUUCCAAAGCAGAUUAGUUUGCGGCAGGCGCAGCAGCAGCAGCAGCAGCAACAACAACAACAACAACAGGGAACUCGUCCUCCAGGCUUGUCUAAAUCUCAGGUGAAGCUAAUGGACCUGGAAGACUGUGCACUUUGGGAAGGAAAACCAAGGACCUAUAUCACUGAAGAGCGAGCAGAUGUAUCCUUGACAACCCUGCUUACAGCUCAAGCAUCUCUCAAAACUAAACCUAUCCACACAAUCAUAAGGAAACGAGCCCCUCCGUGCAACAACGAUUUCUGUCGCCUGGGUUGUGUGUGUUCCAGUCUAGCUUUAGAAAAGCGCCAACCUGCUCACUGCCGUCGACCAGAUUGCAUGUUUGGCUGCACUUGUUUGAAAAGAAAAGUUGUACUUGUUAAAGGAGGAUCCAAAACUAAGCAUUUCCAGAGGAAGGCUGUUCAUCGAGAUCCAGUACUUUAUGAUGCUCUGGGAGAGGAAACAAGGGAAGAAGGAGUCAGGGAGGAGGAGGAACUACUCAAAGAGAAAAAGAAGAGAAAGAAGCUGGAAUACACUAUAUGUGAAACAGAGCCUGAGCAGCCUGUUCGACAUUACCCAUUGUGGGUGAAAGUAGAAGGUGAAGUAGAUCCGGAGCCAGUUUAUAUCCCAACACCCUCAGUCAUUGAGCCUAUGAAACCAUUAUUGUUGCCUCAGCCAGAAGUAUUAUCUACUACUGUGAAAGGCAAACUGCUUACUGGAAUUAAACCUUCACGGGCAUAUACUCCCAAGCCCAAUCCUGUGAUAAGGGAAGAGGACAAAGAUCCAGUCUAUUUGUACUUUGAAAGUAUGAUGACUUGUGCCCGCGUUCGAGUAUAUGAACGAAAAAAAGAGGAACACAGACAGCCAUCCUUGUCUCCAUCCUUGUCUCCAUCACUUCAGCAGCAGAACUCAUGUCAUUCUAGUCCUGGGAACCAUAGUUCAAAGGAACCUGAUUCUGAACAGCAACCCUUAAAACAACUCAUUUGUGACUUGGAGGAUGAUUCUGAUAAAUCACAAGAAAAGAGCUGGAAAUCUUCCUGCAAUGAAGGGGAAUCCUCUUCUACCUCUUACGUGCAUCAGAGGUCACCUGGUGGUCCCACCAAACUGAUAGAGAUCAUCUCAGACUGCAACUGGGAGGAAGAUAGAAACAAGAUUUUGAGCAUCUUAUCCCAGCACAUCAAUAGCAACAUGCCACAAUCACUUAAGGUGGGCAGCUUCAUCAUUGAGUUGGCUUCUCAACGAAAGAGCCGGGGUGAGAAGAACCCUCCUGUUUAUUCUUCUCGUGUCAAAAUCUCUAUGCCGUCAUGUCAAGAUCAAGAUGAUAUGGCUGAUAAAUCUGGAUCAGAGACUCCUGGUGGUCCAUUGUCCCCUGGGAAAAUGGAUGAUAUCUCUCCUGUGCAGACAGAUGCUCUGGAUUCAGUGAGGGAGAGAUUACAUGGAGGCAAAGGUCUGCCUUUUUAUGCAGGGCUUUCUCCUGCAGGGAAGCUUGUGGCCUAUAAGCGUAAACCCAGUUCAAGCACAUCUGGGCUUAUCCAGGUUAAUGGUAAGAGUUACCCGCAGGCUAAGUUGCUAUUGGGACAGAUGGGGGCAUUGCAUCCAGCCAAUAGGCUAGCUGCUUAUAUCACAGGCAGGUUGCGACCCUCAGUCCUGGACCUCUCAACCCUCAGUACUGUCAUCUCCAAGGUAGCAUCCAAUGCCAAGGUGGCUGCAUCCAGGAAACCACGUACCCUGUUGCCUUCUACAUCCAACUCCAAAACGACAUCCUCCUCUGGCACUACCACAAAUCGUCCUGGGAAGAAUCCGAAGGCAUUUGUCCCAGCAAAAAGGCCAAUUGCGGCUCGACCCUCUCCUGGUGGUGUGUUCACACAGUUUGUGAUGAGUAAAGUUGGAGCCUUGCAGCAGAAGAUACCUGGAGUUAGCACACCCCAACCCCUGACAGGGCCACAGAAGUUCAGUAUCAGACCUUCUCCAGUAAUGGUCGUCACACCUGUGGUUUCUUCUGAGCCAGUUCAGGUGUGCAGUCCCGUGACUGCUGCUGUCACUACUUCCACCCCUCAAGUGUUUUUAGAGAAUGUUACUGCUGUGACAUCUAUGACUGCUAUUUCUGACGUGGGAACUAAAGAAACUACUUAUUCUUCUGGUGCCACCACUGCAGGGGUUAUUGAGGUCUCUGAAACUAAUACCAGCACCCCUGUAACAUCUACCCAGUCUACAGCCACUGUGAACCUUACCAAAACUACUGGGAUAACUACCCCUGUGGCUUCAGUUACUUUUCCUAAGUCUUUGGUAGCAUCUCCUCCAACCAUAACUCUUCCUGUUGCUUCCACUGCCUCCACCUCCAUAGUCAUGGUGACCACAGCUGCAUCUUCCUCCAUGGUGACCACACCUACUUCAUCUCUGGGCUCUGUUCCUAUUAUACUCUCAGGAAUUAAUGGGAGUCCACCAGUGAGCCAGAGACCAGAAAGUGCCCCUCAAAUUCCAGUGGCUACUCCACAGAUCUCUCCUAACACAGUGAAACGUACUGGACCACGAUUGUUGUUGAUUCCAGUACAGCAGGGUUCUCCUACGCUUAGACCUGUCCCAAACCCACAACUUCAGGGACAUCGGAUGGUCUUGCAGCCUGUAAGGAGUCCAAGUGGAAUGAACCUGUUCAGGCAUCCCAAUGGGCAGAUUGUCCAGCUCCUGCCUUUGCAUCAGAUUCGAAGCUCUAAUACCCAGCCCAGUUUACAGCCUGUCAUGUUUCGGAACCCAGGGUCUGUGAUGGGAAUCCGGUUACCUGCUCCUUCCAAACCUUCUGAGACUCCACCAUCUUCCAGUUCAUCCUCUGCUUUCUCUGUUAUGAAUCCUGUAAUUCAGGCUGUUGGGUCUUCUCCAGCAGUGAAUGUUAUCACUCAAGCACCAUCAUUGCUUUCCUCUGGACCUAGUUUUGUCUCUCAGGCUGGCACAUUGACCCUGAGAAUUUCUCCUCCCGAACCACAAAGUUUUGCAAGUAAAUCAGGCUCUGAAACCAAAAUUACCUAUAGCUCAGGAGGGCAGCCUGUUGGUACAGCCAGUCUUAUUCCUCUCCAGUCUGGUAGUUUUGCCUUGUUACAGCUCCCAGGACAAAAGCCUGUUCCUAGCUCCAUUCUUCAGCAUGUUGCUUCCCUUCAAAUGAAGAAGGAAUUCCAGAAUAUAGAUCAAAAAGAUGAAAUGAACUCUAUAAAAAAAGAGAAGGAAACUAGGAAAACUCUACAGUCAGAAGGAGAAGCUACAGACCCAGAGGCUAAUAAACAAAAUUCAGGAACUAUUGCCUCAGAAGAAACUCUGAAUAUUUCCUUAGAAGAUGGGGGUGAUCGUUUGGAUGAAGAUUCUCUUACAGAAGAAGGUCCCACAACUGUCAAACCUUCUAAACUCUCCUAUAUGGCUGGGUCACACACAGAUGAAGACUAUAAAAAUAUUAAUGAAGAGAGUGGGACUAGAAAUCAUAGUAGUUCUAAAGAAAAACUGUCUCUUCUAGAAGUUAGGACGAUUUCUGAAAAAGCCAAUAUUAUGACAGUACAAAAUGUAAAUAAAGUACAGCUACAGAACUGUGCUGUGAAGGUGGAACAGCAGAAGGGAUUCGACAAUCCAGAGGAAAAACUAAAUGAGUUUCCAGUCAUCUCUAAUGAAGAAAGUAAACUUGAAUUGUCAGGGAGCAAAAUUAUUAUGGAGCAGCAGUCUAAUCUACGGGCCAAGGAGAAGGAAUGUGGAGACUCUAGGGAGAAGGACAGUAUUAGGGAAAAAUGGAGAAAACACCUGAAGGGCCCUUUGACCCGGAAUUAUGUGGGAACUUUGCAAGAAUGUAAGAAGGAGACAGAUGAGUUGUUAAUUAGAGAAGCAAAGCCAUGUCAAGAAAAUUCAGAUGUAUUUCAAGAACAGGGGAUCUCUGACUUACUUGGAAAAAGUGGAACUACUGGGAAUGCCAGAGUUUUAAAAACUGAAUGUGAUUCUUGGAGUAUGAUUUCUAAUCCUGCAGCCUUCUCCAUUGUUCCUAGGAGAGCUACAAAAGGAAGCAAAGGGAAUGGACACUUUCAGGGUCACUUAUUGCUACCAGGAGAACAGAUACAACCAAAGCAAGAGAAGAAGGGUGGGAGAAAAAGUACUGGCUUUACUGUUUUGGAUUUGGAAGAAGAGGAUGAAGAAGAUGAGAAUGAGAAAACCGAUGAUUCUAUUGAUGAAAUUGUGGAUGUUGUUUCUGACUACCAGAGUGAGGAUGUUGAUGAUGUAGAAAAGAAUAACUGUGUAGAAUACGUUGAGGAUGAUGAGGAACAAGUGGACAUUGAGACUAUAGAAGAGCUCUCAGAGGAAAUUAAUGUUACCCACAAGAAGACCACUGUAGUUCACACACAGUCAUUCAAACAGCCGUGCCGUACCCAUAUCUCUGCUGAUGAAAAAGCUGCUGAAAGGAGUCGAAAGGCUCCACAAAUUCCUUUAAAACUGAAACCUGAUUACUGGAAUGACAAACUACAGAAAGAAGCAGAAGCUUUUGCCUAUUAUCGCCGGACACACACUGCCAAUGAGCGGCGGCGACGUGGUGAAAUGAGAGAUCUCUUUGAAAAAUUGAAGAUUACAUUGGGAUUGCUUCAUUCUUCCAAGGUUUCCAAAAGUCUCAUUCUUACGCGGGCAUUCAGUGAAAUUCAGGGACUUACAGAUCAAGCAGACAAAUUGAUAGGACAGAAAAAUCUCCUGACUCGAAAACGAAAUAUUCUGAUACGGAAGGUAUCAUCUCUUUCAGGUAAGACAGAAGAAGUGGUCCUGAAGAAGCUAGAGUAUAUUUAUGCAAAACAGCAAGCACUAGAGGCACAAAAAAGAAAAAAGAAGAUGGGAUCAGAUGAGUUUGAUGUGUCUCCCAGAACUAGCAAACAGCAGGAAGGAUCUUCUACAUCAUCUGUAGAUCUCGGACAGAUGUUUAUAAAUAACAGGAGGGGGAAACCUUUGAUUCUUUCCAGAAAAAGAGACCAGGCCACAGAAAACCUCUCAUCCUCUAAUACUCCACACACUUCUGCCAACCUCGUGAUGACCCCACAAGGACAAGUGCUCACUUUAAAAGGUCCCCUAUUCUCAGGACCAGUAGUAACUGUUCCUCCUGCUCUCUUAGAAACUGAUCUGAAGCCUCAAGUUGCAGGCGGUACUGUAGCUCAAUCAGAAAAUGAUGACUUAUUUAUGAUGCCACGGAUUGUUAAUGUGACAUCCUUGGCCACAGAUGGAGGUGUGGUAGAUAUGGGUGGCAACAAAUAUCCACAUGAAGGUACUGAUGGGAAACCACUUGACCAUCUGAAAGACACUGUCAGAAAUGAAGAUACCUCCUUAAAAGAAUUGGAUAGAAUCUCUUCCAGAGGAAGCCAUAGAGAUGGCAGAAUGGCAUUGGGUCCAGCACAAGUUUUUCUGGCAAAUAAAGAUUGUGGUUUUCCACAAAUCAUUGAUGUUUCCAGUAUGCAGGAAGCACAGGAGUUCUUACCUAAAAAGAUUACUGGUGAUAUGAGAGGGAUUCGGUAUAAAUGGAAAGAGGGUGAAUCAAGAGGGGAGAGACUAAAGUCUAAGGAAUCUCCAUUUCAUAAAUUAAAGAUGAAAGAUCUCAAAGACUCAAGCAUAGAAAUGGAACUGAGGAAAGUAGCAUCAGCCAUUGAGGAAGCAGCUCUUGAUCCCAGUGAACUGCUAACUAGCAUGGAAGAUGAGGAUGAUACUGAUGAGACACUGACUUCACUGCUCAAUGAGAUUGCCUUUCUUAAUCAGCAACUAAAUGAUGACUCUGUUAGCCUGGCUGAACUGCCUAGCUCUAUGGAUACAGAGUUCUCAGAGGAUGCUCGUCAGGCUUUUAUCACUAAGCUGCCUCCCGGGAACAGAGCAACUUUCCAGGUUGGCCACUUGGGAACAGACUUGAAAGAAUUGUCUGAUGAUAUUCAAAGGGAGAGUGACUCCAUCAGCCCCCUCCUCUUGCACUUGGAAGAUGAUGACUUUUCUGAGAAUGAAAAACAACUUGUGGAAACAGCUUCUGAGCCAGAUGUCCUUAAGAUUGUUAUUGACUCCGAGAUAAAGGAUUCCCUUCCUUCCCACAGGAAAUCUAGUGAUGGAGGGAAGAGUACAUCUGGCCUCCCUACAGAGCCUGAAAGUGUGUCCUCACCGCCCAUCCUACACAUGAAGACUGGUCUAGAGAACAGCAACACAGAUACUUUGUGGAGGCCUAUGCCAAAGUUGGCACCUUUAGGUUUAAAAGUAGCUAAUCCUCCUAGUGAUGCAGAUGGUCAGAGUCUGAAGGUGAUGCCUUGUUUGGCACCUGUAGCUGCCAAAGUUGGGUCAUUUGGACACAAAAUGAACUUAACAGGGAAUGAUCAGGAAGGCCGGGAUAGCAAGGUGAUGCCUACAUUGGCACCUAUUGUGGCUAAAUUGGGCAAUCCUGGAGUCUCACCAGGUUCUGCAGGGAAAUGAACUUUUUGUCCUCAGGCUGUGAGGGGAAAUUGAAUCUCAACUCCUUUCUCUGCAGACAUCUGUUUAUUUGUGUCAUGGAACUAUGCUCCUUGAUUGGCUGUGAUGGUAUAUAUGGUGGAUAAUAAUGGAGAAAGGGGGUAGGGGUGCUGGCCCUGGUUUAAGAAAUACUAUGAAAUUCUGAUCAUGUUAAAAUGUGUUACCUCACUUGUGGUGCUGGGUCCCCUCAUCCUAAAAUGUGAUCCAUUAUUGAACACGAGGUGCCCCUCUUACCCAAGGCAUUGAUAACAAGACUGGCUCCAUAGUGGUACCUAGUUCUCUCCCCAGAGAGAAAAGGCUGCUUGAGACUUUGGAAUUGCUGUGGACUGAACUGUAGUUGAUAACAAUUAGAUUGUCUAAAAUCUAAGGAAUGUGAUGCACUUGUGCAAAGGGAUUCAGAAGAGAGUUUUUAGUUGGCCUUUUAAUAAUAGGGAAAGAUAGGUACCAUGAAAUACCAAAGUGAAGGAUUUUAUGUGACUCAGCAAAAUCGUUUCUUUCAUAUCCCAACUAGCUUUCAUUCCCUCACCUUUUCAAUCAGAAUUAACAAAUUUUAAGCCUUCUGGUAAAGUAGGGAUGAAUUUAACUUUUACUAUUAAGGUAAUUAUUUUGAGAUGUUAAAGUGCUCCCUUAUUGUCUUUGAGGGUAUUAAAAAAAUUAUUUCAUAGUGCCAGGGAUUUCUGGAAUAUGUAUUUUGGAGGUAGACAUGGAGGGAGCCCUUCCCCAUUCACAAAUCAUAUCACUCUAGACAGCUAAUGUGAAAAGCAUUCUCUGUCCAGACCAGAGACAGUAGCCAAAAUUAAACAAACAAAAAACAAAACAAAACAACAACAAAAAAAAAAACAAACAAAAAAAAAGAAAACAAAGAAAAGAAAAAAAAAAUGGGGCUGGAUAUUUCCUAAAUUAGCCUCCUGGUGCUUGAAGGUUUCAUUCACUGUUACCUGCACAUGAUGUAAAGAAAAGUCAAGUCACAGUAGGCACUCUUUACCAGGGAAAUAAGGCAGUAUUUGAAUCACAAGAUAUAUUUUUUAUCUGCUACCAUGGAUUCAAUGAUCUGUAGAGCUUUUUCACUCAUUUGCUGUCAGGGUAUGAACUGACAGCCUGUAAAGAUAAAGAUAUUUAUAUUUUUGUAUAGUUGUUUUCAUAGAUUUCUCAAAGGCUGAAGUUUUCAACCUAGAAGAUGAGAUUUGUAUUGAGUAUAGAAAUGUUUCCUAUCUAGUUUGUAAAUAAUCAUGGUGCACUUGAGGGGUCUCUUGGAAACUCCUGGGGGCAAGAAUCACUAUUCUGAAAAUGUAUAGACUGGGAUUUAGCUGCUGCAUUUUGCCUUUCUUAAAUGAUUAUAUUUCGGAAUGUAACCCCUGUUCUGUCUUCAUUGACAGGAUUUGCUUGUGUUGUAAAACACUAACACAAGAGCUUCCAGUGCCUGGGCUGUGCCUGGGUUAUGCUGUUUCUUCUAUAUGCCCUGCCUUCUUUAUCCCAAGUCCCACUCAGCAUUAUUCAGACCUAGGUUAUGAGACCAACUUUGGAAUGGAUCUAGCCAGUGAAUUAUUACUUCCAUAGUGAUUCCUUUUCUAUUAACUCUGGUAAUCAACAGAUUGAAAAGGAUGGGAAAAUUUACUCUGCAAAGUGCCCUGGGGUAAAUUCUUUGUUGGUUUUGUGCUGCUUGCCUUUCUAGACCUGCUUAUCGGCACUUAACCUUCACUCAUUGCUGAAGAAGCUUGAAGUAGUUAAAAGAAUGCUCCUCAUUAUUUCUUCUACUCUUUACCCAACAGAUAUCAUCCAAUGCCUUAGCCAAGGAGUCCAGCCCCUGUCUUCCUUCCUAAAAAUUGUUCUUGGAGAUGCCAGUUCUUUAGCCUGGGUAUAGCAGUUUCCCAUUAUUUCGUUGUCUCAUCCCCACAUUUCCUCCUGACUUCCCAAGGCUCUUGUUCAGUGGCUUUUGAGGGUCAGCCAAGGAGCAAGCAAGGGAGUGAGUAAUCCUCAGGAAAAGAAGGACCAUUUAAGCUUUUGAACACUUUCCCUUCCUUAGAAGAAAAUAGGCAGAUGGGCCAAGGUCAGUUCCUGAUUAAAGGAUAUUUGGCUGUGCUUAUAUGAAGUGAAAAAUACAGAAAUGAGGGAUAAUUCCCGGUGUUCAGAGAAGACUGUAGAUGUCAUUACAAUCCCCACAAGCGCCAAGAUACAGUGUUCUUAAUACAGAGCUAAUUUGAGGAGAGCUCAGUCUUCAGAACAAACCUGCAGUUUUGGCAGCAAUCUGAAAUCUCCAAAAAUGCUUACCCUUUCACCUUACCCUAGGAAAAACUGAUCUAUGAAAAUUACAUGUGUGAUUAUGAAAGAUGAAGUUGAGAGAGAAGAGUUGAGGAACCUGGAAGACAGUGAGCUCUCACCCUAACUCUUAUAAGAAGCAUGAUCUCAGUAGACCAAUAAUUCGCCUUUUUAUACAACUGUAAAUAAAUGGAAUGUUUUUAAGAAUAUAAUUAUGUCAGAUUUAGCAUUUUCUUUUAUAUAUUAAAUAUAUAUAUAUAUAUAUCUUUCCUUUUCUGCUUUUGAAAGUGACUAUUUUUUUAGAAACAAGAAUAGAAGUUGUUUGGCAAUUAAAGGGCAGGAUGUGUAAGCCUGAAAUAAAUUAGUUGUACUAAUGAAAGCAGGACUUGGUGUUGGGAGGUUUGUGCCGAGUUGGAGUAUAUAAUUCUUAAUGCCCUGAGACCUAUUUAAGAGCAGGUAUCUUCGAAGCAGUUUUUUAUGGGAAUUUCUUCCUGUUUGCAAAGUUUUUGACAUGCCAUUUGGGGGAGGUUUAUUAUUCUAAUCCUUGUAGCAUGUCAUACAUGGAGGCUUCAAAAUUUUGAACAACCUGAUGGCAAAUAUUUGUUUCAGAAGUCAUUCUACAGUGAAGAAAGGCUAGCCUAAUACUUUGUGCAAGGCAGUUUGUUACCUUGGGAAAUAACAGGAUAUAAAACAACAAUCUUAGUAGCUAAGGACAGUAAGUAUUCUUGAGGCAAGCAAGAUACUAUGUGACUACUUUGAUAAUUUACAAAAAGUUUUAUUAAAGGCAUUUUUUAGAAGUUGAGCUACUCCUAUUUAAGAGGUCUCUAACAGAUCAAGUUCAGUAAUACAAGCUUCAUAUAGAUUACUUACUUUGUAUAAUUUUAUAAUAAAUGCAGUUGCUUUUUCCCAGAAUUAUGGAUGAAAUACCUGAUGCUAGAUCUUUCUGUAACUGGCUUGAAAAUAUUUUGAAUAUAGGACAAAGGCAGACAAUCCAUGUGUUAUUUUUGACAGUGUUUAUUAGUAUAUAUUUUUUUCCUUAACUAUACUGAUUGAGAUAUUUGAAAAGGAAUGGGGUGGGAUGAAUUGAGAGGUAAAUGCACUUUGAAGACAGGUCUAGAAAAUAAUGAUUACCCUUGUCCCUCACUCCCAGAAUUAACAAACAACAAACAAACACAACAACUAUACACCAUGUAGGUAGCACAUUUCAGGUACUUCUAUGAAGAAUGACUAAUAAACCAAGAAUCAAUACUUUUCUUGCACAAAAUGUUGGUUUUGGAGAAAGUACUAUGAGGAAAUAAAUUUUACAUGGGCAUGAAUGGCUGGUGCAUGGAAAAUUAAAGCGAAGUUAGACUUACUGUCAGUUGAACAAAAACAGUUAAAAUACAUAUUUGAAAUAAAAGGAAAUUAUUUGAUAUAUUUUUAAACCGGGACAACUGUAAUAUAUUAAAAAUGACUGAACUGUUCUACAAAGGCACAUAAAUAUUAAUAGUGAUGGAGGUGAGUGUGGAGGGUGCUAAGGCUAAACCAUUAAAUUUUAUCAUUGUAAACUGCUGGUAGAAGAGAUUUUUGUUGAAUAGGAAAGCAGCAUUGGAAGCAUUGUCUUGAAAUCUAUCCCCUUUCCAACUGCAGUCUUUGGUCUCAGCUGUCUCACAGUGCCUUGCAUGUAAAGGUGCUCAAUAAAUUUGAGUUGAUUAGCAAA